GACUCGAGUGUGAAGGUUGAAGUCAUCAGCCUACGAGUCUGAAUCCAGACGUUAUCAGAGUCAAGUAUGGUAAUAUAUGCCACGUGAGGCGACACCGCUCCAGUGCCAUCCUCCACAUCUUGUUUCCUGACCUCUACUUUGCACAGCUGGCAAGCCAUAGCGAGUCAUUGGCCACGAUGAAGUUCAGCAUCCUCAGUGUACUAUCCCUCUCUCUCCUUACUUCCUUUGCUUCGGCUUCCGCAGCCGAUCAACUGCAGAUUGGAGUCAAGUACAAGCCAGAUGAUUGCCCUAUCAAGACUCGAAAGGGCGACAAGCUCAGUAUGCACUAUACAGGCACACUCGCAGCCGAUGGGAGCAAAUUUGACUCAUCCUUGGACCGAAAUGUGCCCUUCGAAUUUACUCUCGGUACAGGACAGGUCAUCAAGGGCUGGGAUCAAGGCUUGACCGACAUGUGCAUUUCUGAGAAGCGUAAAUUGACCAUUCCUCCCGACAUGGCCUAUGGUGCCCGAGGACAUCCUCCUGUCAUUCCACCUCAGUCAACCCUUGUUUUUGAGGUCGAACUGCUGGGCAUCAAGAACCGUCAUGCGGAUGAGCUUUGAGGAAGCAAGAAGAUCCAUGCAUUCUCAUCAUCGUAGCGACACUGCCUGUCCGCCAAUCAGGCUGAGGCAUUCGCCUGUGUCGUCGUGACAGCUUCAUCGGGGAAGCGCUCCAUGGCCCUGGUUGCAGUCAGACUCUGACAUGACCAGUGAUCACCAUGCCUACCAUUUGAUAAAGCUAGGUACAUCAAUGGCAAUUUGUGACGGCAACGAGGCGUUGGUGAUGAAUUGGGGGAUAUUCCCUCCGGCGUCGCUACUCGUGGCCAUCCUCCACUCAACCUUUCCGCCUUGUUCAAGCUCGAUUACACGCUCAACAGACACAUAUCUGCCGCGCGCUCUGGACUUUUCCGGUCCCUGCUUCUCGACGCAAGACGGAUGUGAGAAUGGGACAGAGACUGACUUUCAGUGCCCGACCGCUUCGGAGGGCUUACUGUUCAUGAACGACCGUUGACCUGGCGUCGA